CAUCGAAAUAAUUUACCGGCCUAGAUGCAUUAUAUAUAUACAGAGAGAAAUAACAAGUGAGUAGCCAUUUGAUACCCUCCUUCCUGUCUUCCCUUCUCCCAGAACAUAUAAUCUUCUCUGUAUCUCUCUGAAAGAUAUCAUUACCGAUCGUUUAUUGGUGAAAAUGUCUCUUCUAUCGGAUCUUAUCAACUUGAACCUUUCUGAUACAACUGAGAAAAUUAUUGCAGAAUAUAUAUGGAUCGGUGGAUCUGGUCUGGACAUUCGAAGCAAAGCUAGAACUCUUAAUGAACCUGUAAGUGAUCCCCAAAACCUUCCAAAAUGGAACUAUGAUGGUUCAAGCACAGGCCAAGCACCUGGAGAUGAUAGUGAAGUCAUCUUAUACCCACAAGCAAUAUUCAGGGACCCAUUUAGAAGGGGUAACAGCAUCCUGGUGAUGUGUGAUGCUUAUACACCAAGUGGGGAGCCAAUUCCAACAAACAAGAGAUAUAAUGCUGCAAAAAUUUUUAGCCAUCCAGAUGUUGUUGCUGAGGAACCCUGGUAUGGGAUAGAACAGGAGUACACCUUGUUGCAAAAAGAAACCAGAUGGCCACUUGGGUGGCCAACAGGUGGUUACCCUGGACCUCAGGGCCCUUAUUACUGUGGUGUUGGUGCUGAUAAGGCCUUUGGCCGUAACAUUGUUGAUUCUCAUUACAAAGCAUGUCUUCAUGCCGGGAUUAACAUUUCUGGGGUCAAUGGAGAAGUUAUGCCUGGCCAGUGGGAAUUCCAAGUGGGCCCUGCUGUUGGUAUCUCUGCUGGAGAUGAGGUUUGGAUGGCUCGUUAUAUUCUUGAGAGGAUUACAGAGAUUGCUGGAGCAGUUCUUUCCUUAGACCCAAAACCUGUUCAGGGUGAUUGGAAUGGAGCUGGUGCUCACGUAAAUUACAGCACCAAGUCCAUGAGAGCUGAUGACGGUUAUGAAAUAAUCAAAAAGGCCAUUGAAAAGCUUGGAUUAAGGCACAAGGAACAUAUUGCUGCUUAUGGUGAAGGCAAUGAGCGCCGUCUAACUGGACUUCAUGAAACUGCUGACAUCAACAAAUUCAUAUGGGGUGUGGCAAAUCGUGGAGCUUCGGUUAGAGUUGGUAGGCAAACAGAGAAAGCUGGGAAAGGUUACUUUGAGGAUAGAAGGCCUGCUUCAAAUAUGGACCCUUACACAGUCACCUCCAUGAUUGCAGAGACAACCAUCCUCUGGCAAGCUUAAUGAAGAGACUAUACUAUUUUUCUGGUUUGCGAUUGAAAUUAUGAGUUGUUUUUGCCAUUUCCUUGUAGGGGAAACUUUAGCUCCCUUUUGGUUCAGCCAUGAAACUGCAUUUUCCUGUUUCAUUAGUUGUAGCGCUAUUUUCAGAUGCCAAGUAUUUUCUCCUCCUUUUGCCUACUAUUUUAGAUGAUAAUAAUAUAAUGCAGAUUAGAAUUGGAUA